CAACGGAAUAACUCGUUCAUAAUCUGUCUUUGGUAUCACCUUGGUAUCACCACUCUACCUACAAAGAAAAAGAUGACCUCAAUGUUAACCUUUAGUCGUAUUAUUACGUAUUCUUUGAAUUUACAUUCAUUUUGCUUUGAUUUUGCUACUUGAGAUUAUCGAAUUUAGAGUGAUUCACAUAUAAAAUAUAGUUUUUGGUACCGAGUACCGACGUAUUGCGUAAAACGUAAAGAAUAAGAUUAUCUCAGAAAAUGCUUUUUAGACACAGUGUUCUUUUUGUUAUAUUAUUCUGUAUUAAACUUAUUUCGGUAAGUUUGUUAAAAGUAGAACAAUGUUCGGAAAUCGAUACAUUUAAUGAAGAGACGUUGCUAAUCAUAAGUAGAUCUAUUAUUCCUGAAUUGGAGGGUAAGCACAAAGGCGAAGCUGGAAAAAUAGCAAUUAUAGGUGGAUCAUCUGAAUAUACUGGAGCACCUUAUUUUUCAGCAAUUACAGCUUUGAAGGUCGGAGCUGAUUUGGUCCACGUAAUUACUACGAAAGAUGCUGCACCUGUUAUAAAGUCGUAUAGUCCUGAUCUUAUUGUUAUCCCAUCUCCUUCGGAUUCCGAUCUUAUUGAGAUACUGAAGCGAAUGCAUGUAAUUAUCAUUGGACCAGGUCUUGGAAGAGAUCCUAAUGUGAUGGACCGAUUCUAUUCAAUCAUAGACAUGUGCAGAAACUUAAAAAAACCGUUAGUUAUAGAUGCUGAUGGCUUAUAUGCAGUGUACAAAAAUGUAACAGUAAUUAAAGAUUACCCAAGCCCUGGAAUUAUUUUGACACCUAAUUAUAUUGAAGCGCAAAGACUAAAGGACGCCAUUCCUUCCGAACAAACACCAUGGUAUAGUUAUUGGGGAGACUUUGUAACGGUUUUACUGAAGGGAGAAAACGAUCAAUAUAAAUCUGGAAUUACGUCAUUUGAUUGGACAAUAACAAAAGGUGGAUCUGGUCGGCGUGCCGGGGGACAAGGAGACAUAUUGUCUGGAGCACUAGGGACGUUUUUUAAUUGGGCACUACAAUCUAACAUUUGUGAGAAUGAAAAUUCGAUUAAACUUAGUCAAAGCAUCUCUACAUAUGCAGCUGCAAAGUUUACUAGAGACUGCAAUUUUAAAGCAUUUGAAAAAUAUGGCCGUAGUAUGUUAGCUUCAGAUAUGUUACAAGAAAUUCAUUCAGUGUUUGAAUCCACAUUUUUAAAAUAAUAAAAAACGAGAAAGAACGUUCAUUUUAUAAUAUAUGUAACGGAAAGCUCCAU